AUGAUUAUAGUAAUCACACCUCCUCCAACAAUCACACCUCCUCCAACGAUCACACCUCCUCCAACAAUCACACCUCCUCCAACGAUCACACCUCCUCCAACAAUCACACCUCCUCCAACAAUCACACCUCCUCCAACAAUCACACCUCCUCCAACAAUCACACCUCCUCCAACAAUCACACCUCCUCCAACGAUCACACCUCCUCCAACAAUCACACCUCCUCCAACGAUCACACCUCCUCCAACAAUCACACCUCCUCCAACAAUCACACCUCCUCCAAAAAUCUCUUCACCUCCAACAACCCCACCACCUCCAACAAUCACCCCUCCAAAAACUCCACCUCCAACAACCCCACCACUCCAACAUUCACAAAACCUCCAACAAUCCCACCUCCAACAAACACACCAUCUCCAAAAAUACACCUCCAACAACCCCACCACUUCCAACAAUCCCACCUCCAACAAUCCCCACUCCAACCACCCUCCAACAAUCCCCAACCCCCCUCCAACAACCCACCUCCAACAAUCCCCACCUCCAACAAUCCCACCCAACACCUCCAACAACCCCACCACCUCCAACACCCACCCCCAACAUCCCACCUCCAACAACCCACCACUCCAACAAUCCCACCUCCAACAUCCACUCCAACAACCCACCACCUCCCAUCCCCACAACAAUCCCACACUCAACAUCCCACCCCAACAACACUCCAACAACCCCCACCUCCAACAAUCCACUCCAAAACCCACCCUCCAAAAAGCCCCACCUCAACAAUCCACCUCCAACAACCCCACCACCUCCAACAGUCCCCCACUCCAACACACCCACCUCCCAACCACCUCCAACAAUCCCACCCUCCAACAAUCCCACCUCCAACAACCCCCACCUCCAACACACCACCCCACCUCCAACAAUCCCACCUCCAACAAUCACACCUCCAACAAUCCCACCUCCAACAGUCCCCCCACCUCCAACAACCCCACCACCUCCAACAACCCCACUCCAACAUCCCCCACCUCCAACAAUCCCACCACCUCCAACAAUCCCACCACUCCAACAACCACACCUCCAACAAUCCACCUCCAACAAUCCCACCUCCAAAUCCCACCACCAACAACCCCACCACCUCAACAACCCACCACUCCAACAAUCCCACCCCAACAAUCCACCACUCCAACAACCCCACCUCAACAAUCAAACCCCACCUCAACAAUCCACCCCACAACCACCACCUCAACAACCCCCACCUCCAACAACCACUCCAACAAUCCCACCCACCCCCCAACCCCACCAUCCACAGUCCCCCACCUCCAACAAUCCCACCUCCAACAUUCCCCCACCUCCAACAAUCCCACCUCCAACAAUCCCACCACCUCCAACAACCCCACCAUCUCCAACAAUCCCACCUCCAACAACCCCAAAACCUCCAACAGUCCCCCCACCUCCAACAAUCCCACCACCUCCAACAUUCCCACCUCCAACAAUCCCAUCACCUCCAACAAUCCCACCACCUCCAACAAUCCCACCCCCGACAAUCCUACCACCUCCAACAACCCCACCACCUCCAGCAAUCCCACCACCUCCAACAAACCCCCCACCUCCAACACCGGCCGCCUUAGCUAG